GAUGUGAUGUGAUUGAAAUUUUUGUAAUAGAAAAUAUUAUAGAAGAAACUUUGAUGGUUUACAAUUUUAUUUUCAGUAUAAGUCUUUGUUUUCAGCGUUUAUUCUUACAAAAUUAAGCAAUAUUGAUUGAUACACCUUGAUAUUUUAUUUGGUUGUAAGCCACUGCCUUAAACUCUUUCUAAAUAAGUAUUAUGUUAGGAUAAGACCGAGUGUGAAUUAAUUUCUUUUAUUGAGACAAUGGAGGUGUCACACUCAUUAACCCUGAAUGAGGCUGCCUUACAGCAGCUGCCUGAUGAUAAAAAACCACAUUUUAUAUUUGAAUGGCUUCGGUUUCUUGAUAAGGUCUUGGUUGCUGCCCAUAAGUCUGAUAUAAAGAGCUGUCAACAGAAGUUAGUUGCUCAACUUGUGAAUCUACUCAGAGAGUCACUGGGUGCUCCAGCUCGGAGGUUGUUGGCGCGGUGUUUAGCGACACUGUUCUCAGUCGGUGAUACAUUCCUUCUGUUUGAUACUGUGAACAAGUGUAAUGACAUCAUCAAAGUCAAGGAUGACUCCCCAUCUUAUCUACCAACAAGACUUGCUGCAAUUUGUUGUCUCGGUAGCAUGUAUGAGAAACUUGGUAGAAUGAUGGGAAGAUCUUAUGAGGAGACUGUAACCAAUCUAAUCAGAUCUCUGAAGAGUGCAGAAUCACAGACCAGAUUGGAGAUCAUGAUUACACUUGAGAAGAUAUGCGUGGGGAUGGGAUCCGCGGCCGGCAGUACGCUGCGCGAGGUGUGGCGAGCCGGCCGUGCGGCGCUGGGCACGGACCGCGCGGGUGGCGUGCGAGCCGCCGCCGCCCGCACGCUGCGCCGCCUGCUGCCGCUGCUGCGGCUCGCGCCCGCAGACCUGGACGCGCUCGCCGCCGCCUGCCUGCGCGCCGCGCACCCCAGCGACUACACGCUGCGGUGUGCCAUUGCCGAACUUCUUGGUGCCUUAAUAGCAACUACUCAAGCUGGUGAAGCCACGAAUUUAAAUACUAAGUUAAAAGUCGGCGUACAGUCAGUUCAACAAAAUAAGAAAGAUGCGCCUAAGAAUGUCGUGUCUCUGGACGAGGCUCUAAACUUACUGAUGGGUGCAUUUCUAAGAGGAGGCACAUCUUUCCUGAAGGGAGAAAUUAUUAAAUCUGGAUCGGGUGUUAACAGAGAAGUCCGAGUUUGUGUUACACAAGCUUACGUAGUAUUCGUGCAAAACAUGGGCGGCGUAUGGUUGGAGCGCAAUAUGACCACGUUUCUAACGCACGUGCUGGACUUGGUUGCUAAUCCGAAAGCAGCCAGCUCACAUGUCGACGCUGUAUAUUCAAGGAAAUGUAUAAACUAUAUACUGCGCAAUACGCUGGGCAAGAUGCUGGGUGAGAAAGCCCAAGCGUCCGCCUGUCGCGAGAUCAUACAGAUUGUCAUCAAACAAAUGAACAGCAUAGACUUCAAUCCGGAGAAUGCCAAAGAUUGUAAUCAGGAGACGUUAUUCAGCCAGCACCUGUUGGUAUGUGCACUGACGGAAGCAGGUGAGCUGGCCUUACAGCUCGGCACCGCGCUGCAUCAUCUCGUCGCAGAUCCUUCGCUGAACAUGUUACAAGCCAUUUGUGCUGUACUGGAGCACCCGUGCGCGGCGGCGCGGCUGGCGGCGGCGCGGUGCGUGCGGGCCGUGUGCGAGGCGCUGCCCGCGCGCGCCGCGCCGCUCCUCGACACCUGCCUCGACGCGCUCGACGCGCCCAGGCCCUCGCCGCACCACAUCUCCGGUUACUCGGCGGCGCUGGCUGGCAUUCUGGGCUCGGUGCGGCGGUCGCCGCUGGGCGUGCCGCACGGACGCGGCAAGGUGGCGUUCAACGCGGCCGAGCAGCUGCUGCGCUCCGCCGGCCAGAGCAGCCGCCUCACCGCCGCGCGCACGCACGCCGGCUGGCUGCUCGUCGGCGCCAUCUGCACGCUCGGUGUACCGGUUGUUCGAGGCUUGUUGCCCCGGAUGUUAUUGCUCUGGAGGAAUAGUUUCCCUAGGUCGGCUAAGGAAUUGGAAUCGGAAAAAGCUAGAGGAGAUGCUUUCACUUGGCAGGUGACAUUGGAAGGCCGUGCCGGCGCCUUAUCAGCAUUGCACAGUUUGUUAAUACACUGCCCAUCGCUUGUUAACAAUGACGAUACAGCUAAACGACUUACACAACCCAUAGAUGGAGCUAUUGCAGUUCUUACUAACGUGGGAGCCGUGAUCCGGAACUACGGCGGUGCGUUAAAAGCACCGUCGGCACUACUGCGGCUGCGACUGUACCAGGCGUGCGGCGCGCUGUACCAGGCGUGCGCCGCGCCCGCGCCGCUGCUGCGGCUGCUGGCCGCCGAGCUGGCGGGCUCGGCGGACCCCGGCGGCGCCACGGUGGCUACCGGUAUGCUGAUAACUGCUAUGCAUCCGCGAGAUACUAUAUUGCUCGGUGAAGAGGGAUGGAUUUACGACACAGAUCAAGCUGACAUUGAAGAACAGCUGGUGUCGCCGCUGAGCGCGAGCGGGUCCGGCGCGCUGGAGCACGACCCGUGCUGCGUGUACCGCGCGGCGGGCACGGCAGACGCGCAGCCGCUGGGCGUGGCCGUCAUCGACGCGUCCGUCGCACUCUUCCCCUUAAUAUUCUCCCGCGCCGCCAACAAGCACAGACAACAAAUGCUUGAACACUUUGUGGAAUGCAUCAAGAUGGCUAAGGGUCCUCGCCAAGAAGCAAUACAAAUAAACGUGUACACGGCACUGUUACUUGCACUGCGGACGUUAGCUGAAAUGAAGAGCUCCCUCGGACAGGACGCAGUCAAGAACAUCGCGACGGAGCUUAUUAUUAGUGGUCUAUCAACAAACAGCGCUACAGUCCGCGCUGCAGCGGCUGCGUGCUCUGGUAGAUUAUGUGGUUGCAUCACCGAAGCGGAGAGCCAAGCGUUGAGUGAACGCGUUAUCGCUUUAGCGCGCUCGUCUGUAAACCGGCCAACCCGCGCCGCCGCUGCAGCCGCUGUAGGAGCUGUGCAGCGGGCGCGGGGCGCUGCGUCUAGCGCUGCAGCGCUGCCGGUGCUGAGGGCACUCGCGCAGGAUACAGCCGCUGUUGAAGUACAGGUGUGGUCUAUCCACGCGUUGUCAGUGCUAGCAGAUGCAUCGGGACCUAUGUUCCGAGGGCAUGUGGAGUCGACUCUCAACCUAGCUCUGAAGCUGCUAUUCAGUGCGCCACCGUACCAGGAAGACCUGCACAGGAGCAUUGGUAGACUCUUGUCUGCACUGAUUACUGUUGUCGGCCCAGAGUUACAAGUGUGCGCGGUGAGUCGGUUCGUGUGUGCGAGUGCAGCGCUGAUGGAGAUGGGCGCGGACGGAGCGCGUGCUGAGGCCAUCGGCUGCCUCCAGCAGCUGCAGUUGUUCGCGCCGCAGCACAUCAACCUGCACACGCUCGUGCCCCAACUAUGCCGGGAGCUGUCGAACUGCUCGCUGGCAACGCGGCGUGCUGCGCUGUGCUGCGCGCGCCAGCUGUCACAGAAGGAAGCUGCCGCUGUGUGCCGGCACGCGCUGCUCGCACGCGACCACGUGCCGCCGCGCCCCUACACAGGCGUAGUGAUAACGGAAACGGGUUUGCCGGGCGCGUUGUUCGCGCUGCUGGACACGGAGCGCGACCCGACCAUCCUGCGGUACGCGCGCGACACGCUCACCUGCUGCGUGCUGGCGGCCGCGUCCGCGCCCGCAUCCGCGCCCGCAUCCGCGCUCGACUCCGAAUCCGCAUCCGUGCCCGCAGCAGCCAUCACCCGCCUGCGUGAUUGGCUCGCGCUUCUGAAGCGUGUACUUACUGUUAGACUCGAGGACGGCAACAAUCCGGAGACAGACCUGGAUGGUGAAGGUGACGACGACCAGGCCGAGUUCCACGCGGAGUCGGAGCAGUCCACGCACCCUGCCGUACAGUCUAGGUGGCCAACUAGGGUAUUUGCAAUGGAGUGCAUUCAGAAGAUAAUGGGUGCGUGCGAAGCGACCGGUGACAGUGCGCACUUCGAUCUAGUUAAAGCUAAAGAGAAACUGCAGACUGAUCCAAAUGCGGAGUGCCUGUCGGUGCACCUGUCGGACGUGGUGCGCAUGGCGUUCGUGGGCGCCACGGGCGAGGCGGACGCGCUGCGGCUGGCCGGCCUGCGCACGCUGCAGCGGCUCGUGCAGCUGUUCGCGCGCGCGCCCGAGCCUGACUUCCCAGGACACCUGCUGCUCGAGCAGUACCAGGCGCAGGUGGGCGCGGCGGUGCGGCCUGCAUUCUCCGGCGACACAGCCUCGCACGUGACGGCGGCCGCGUGCGACGUGUGCUCCGCCUGGAUCGGCUGCGGCGUCGCCAGGGACAUGAGCGACCUGCGCAGAGUUCAUCAGUUACUCGUGUCUAGUUUAGACAAAUUGAAUACUAAAGGCAAUACAACACUCAUAUACAAUGAAAGUAUGGCAACACUUGAGAAACUGUCAAUUCUAAAGGCAUGGGCUGAGAUUUACAUUGUGGCAAUGGUUAGCAACGGGAGCGCUCCAGGGAGCUAUGUAAAACAACUGGAUACUAAACCGUUCAACAUCAAGGCUGAGCUAGCCAAAUGGCGUAACGAGUUGCUCCAGAACAGUAACGAGAUCGACAAUGCUAGUCAAAGUGAUGAUGAUGACGAGUACGGAGAGUUUGAGUCGAAGGGUGAAAGUUUGCUGAGGCUGGUCGAACCUGAGUUGGAGAGUUUGGGCGAGAAUUGGCUCGCCGCGUUAAAGGAUCAUGCAUUGUUGAGUUUACCUCCAGAGUUCGCGUCGCAGCUGCCGCACGGCGGCGGCGCGUUCUACUGCGCGGCCACGGCGGACGCGGCCCGGCCGCACUACGCGCGCGCCUGGCCCGCGCUCCUGUACGCCGCCGCGCUGCGGUACGCCACGCCCGCCGCCGCAUCCGCCGCCGCAUCCGCCGCCGCAUCCGCCGCCGCAUCCGCCGCCGCACCCGCAUCCGACGCACCCACCGAAAGCACAUUGGACAAUCGAGUAGCAAAGAAUGAAAAUGGAAACUUCGAAUUCUUCGAACCACUUGAUGAAAGAUUCCAUUUAUUGUUUGGUAUAUGCAUGGAAGCACUGUGUGCACAGAGAGAUAUGAGUGUGGAGAACACAAUACAAGUAUUAUUGUCUCUGGUAACGUUAUUAGAUGUACCUGAAAAUAGAGCUAGAUUACUGAAAGACAGAGCGCUAGCUAUAGAGUUGUGUCAAAUAAUCCACCGCACUGGUUUGACACAAGAGAGUAUCGAGGCGCUGUUUUUAUGCGCUGAUGUGCUCAGGCUGAUUAUAGAGGGUGCUAAGGAGCAAUUACAUGCCAAUAUGCAGGCUAAAAUUAAAGAGUUGGCUCCGCAAGAAUCGGCAGCGGGCAGCAUUCCGCAGUCGGUGCUGGAAGCUGUACACACAUUGGGGGAGGGUGGGCCCACAGGUGAUCUCGUACCUGGCAAGUCUGUCGUGUUUUCGUGUCUGGAGCUGGGUGUGUGCGUGGCGGCGCGGCGGCUGCCGGCGCUGCGGGCCGGGACCGGCGCGGCGCCCGGCGCGGCGGCGGCCAGGCCGCUGGGGGCGCGCGCGGACGCGCUGCUCGCCGCCACGCUGCGCGCGCUCGCCGCCCUGCCCGCGCUCACCAGCCCGCACGGUGCUCUGUCUUUGCUGCCAACCCUGCUGUACCUAUCGACGGAGAUCUUGCGACAGAGCGAGGGCUCGCCCGUGGUGGAAGAAUCGGCCCUACUGCUGCUGCAAUCGGCGGCAGAGUGCCGCGUGGUGCGCGUAACGGAAGACACACGCACGCAGCACGCGCAGCUGCUCAAUGCCACGCUCGCUAAACUCAUCGAGAGAGUUAAGAGUGAGGAGCCGGAGCAACGUAUCGCGGCGGUGGCUGGCGCGCGUGCUAUGGCCGCGCUGGCAGGCCGAGCGCCGCCCACGCCCAAGCUGCACUACCCGUGCCUCAACCAUUUCCGGCACUGUCUCGACACCGACGACCACGAGGCGUUCGCGGCAUGCUGCGGCGUGCUGCGGCGAGUGUGGGGCCGCGGGGCUGCGCGCGGGCCGGCGGCGGCGUGGGCGCGCGCGCUGGCGGCCCGGCUGGUGGCCCGCGCCGCCGUCGUGGGGCAGGGCCCGCCGCCCGACCCGCAGCCGGGGCCCGCCAAGGCCGCGCUCGCGGCGCUCGCGGCGCUCGACGACUUGCUCGACUCCGCGCCCGACGAUGCCAGUGCGGCGUUGGUCCGAGUGCUGGUGCCGGUGGUGGUGUCGUUCCUGCGCGCGUCCGUGCUGCCGCCGCACCAGCGCGCUCUUCACGAGUUCGCGCUGCAGUGGCUCGCUCGCCGCGCGCCGCAGUUCCCGCAGGAGUUCAAAGCGAUGAUGCAGCAGUCUUCUGAACUGCGCACAAAACUGGAGAGUGCGGUGAAAGCGAACCAGGCCAACAGCCGCGCCGCCCGCCACUCGCAACACCAGCGGCCACUGUUCGACACCAAGCCCGCCAAACCCACCAUACAACUCAAGACAGACUUCAGUGACUUCAGGUAAACAUAUGGAAACCUUUAAAAGGUGUAACUAGAAGAUUUUCUAUUAUGUUCUCAUAUACGCACAUGAUAUUGUAAUACUGCAUUUCUAUCAAAAAUAAACCAUUUUUAUAUUACAAUUAUAGCAUUUUGACGACCUAGGUGGUCUAGCGGUUUAGCACACCGCCUUACUUCCGAUGUUUGCAGGUUCCAUUCCUUGCACGGUACAAACUUUUGUAUUCCUGAGUAUGAUUGUAUGUAUCGGUCUGAGUGUUUUUUAUAUUAUAUAUAA